AAUUCGUCUUAAGUUUUUAGCAUGCUUGAGCAUGAGUAGUCGUAUCCCUUGGCAAAGUAGUUUAAUCGAUCGUACUAUUUAGUAGUAAUCAUGAUUUUAACCGGGUGUGUUCUCUUUAUUUCAGACUCGGAGGAUGACGAGAGAGAUAACUCGAGCGAGGACCUGGAGGCAGACCAGAGUAGACUGAGGAUCGUGGAGACGGAAACGAGCGUGCCAGAGAAAAGACCCCAGGGAAGGCCGAAGCGGAAAUGGAUGAGCUCGAAAGAUCAGAACUCUUUUUCGAAAGUCUCUCCGUACGGCGGCAUGGGUGACAACUCCUUCGGGAUGGCCAAGCCGUGGUCCUCGUGGUCCUCCACGCCCGGUGCAUCUACCAUGGAUCAAGACGCUCGGAAGGCGAUGCAGGAAGCGAUGCUGCCGGACUUCGAGGAGAGCAUGCUCGGCGCGGGGGCGGGGGGCGUGCGCGGGCCCUCGGACUUCUUCAUGAAGGUGAUGGAGGAGAGCGGGAACAGCUUCACGCCGGCGACCUACCACAAGGAGCGCAAGUCCUCCCUCAUGGACCUGCUCACCUCCUCGACGGAGGGCUGCGCCAUCCUGGCCCACUACAAGAAGUUCAACGCGCUCAACAACCGGAUGCGCGGGAAGCUCAGCGACAUCAUCAUGCGCAACGAGCUCGCCGCCGACCCGAACCGGAAGAUCGACGUCCGGCGCUUCGUCGUCCUCUCGCGGGCCAUCUCCGUCGCCUUCCCCACCGAGGACCCCUACACCUACUACGUCCCGUACACGAACCUCGGCGGCGGCAAGAAGUCCUCCGCCAAGGGGAAGCUCUGCGACAAGUACCACAACCUCCGCCGCACCUUCCGCGAGUCCGGGCUCAUCCCCCCGCGCGGCGCCCCCCAGGCCGGCGAGGACUACGACAAGGAGCGCGAGUUCGAUAACCUCGACUAUCAUAAUAUCUACGCUUGAAUCCCCGUCCACCAAAUUUCGUUUGUUAUAAAUCGUAUUCGAUACAUCAAACAGGUGAGAUCGUAUCGAUAUCGAUUGGUUCAAAACAUAUCGACCACAUACUUCUUCAGUGCAAUCAACUCAGUAAAUUAUCAUCACUCUUCGAUCAACUGAGCCAAAUUGGCGUCUACUUCCCUAUCAACUCAGCCAUCCUAUUAGCUGAUCCAUCUAAUAAGAACAAAUACUCCAUUCUGAGCAACUUUAUCCGCUCCAACAAAAUAAUUGUUUAACUUUAAACUUCCACUCCCAACAUCCACACAUGGAAUAAUCCAAGCAAAUAAUCAACAUCCUACUUUCUUCUACCACCAAUAAUCAAUAAUCUAGCUAUCUACUGACCAUAUAUCUGGUUAGUGGCUGUUUGUGCCCAUGCACUAAGGCCAAAGCACCGUUACAGGGCAAAAAGUAAAAACUAAAAAAAAAAAAAA